CUGAACACCCUCCUCAUCGCCAGCACGGUAGCUGCUCAAGCCUUGAAAGGCUUUAAUUCCGGCGGAUAUGGACCGAACGGCCUCAAAAGAGCAGCAGAUUUCAAGGCGGAGUUUGAGAGAAUGCACAGUCUGCCUGUCGCAGCACCCUUCACCUCCGCUCGCCUGUUUACGAUGAUCCAGGGCGAGACGGAUAGCGAGCCGGUCGAAGCAUUUCAGCCCGCGAUUGAGACGAAGACGAAGCUAUUACUGGGAAUGUGGGCCAGUGCAGGGCAGGAUGCAUUCAACAAAGAGCUAGCAGCGUUGAAGAAAGCCAUCACAGCUCACGGGACAGAGUGGAAAGACAUUGUGUAUGCGAUCUGUGUGGGAUCCGAGGACCUGUAUCGCAUCACGCCCACUGGGAUUGCGAACAAGGCUGGCGCUGGUGAACAGCCGCAGAAGCUUGUCGAGUACAUCAAGCAGACACGAGAUGCCAUCAAAGGUACGGCUGCGGAAGGCACGCAGAUAUGUCAUGUGGACACAUGGACGGCUUGGGUCAACGGUACCAACUUUCCCGUCAUCGACGCCGUGGAUUGGAUCGGAUUUGAUGGCUAUCCGUAUUAUGAGAAAGACACUGGCAUCAACAGCAUCGACAAUGCCAAGCAGCUUUUCCAAGAAUCCUACGACAAGACUGUGGCCGUAUCAAAGGGCAAGGAGGUGAAGAUCACCGAGACCGGCUGGCCCAUUCAAGGGCCCAACGAUUUUGGCAAAUCUGUCGCUUCCAUUGAGAACGCCCAGCGAUAUUGGCACGAAGUUGGGUGCUCGAUCUUCGGCAAGCACGAUACGUGGUGGUUCACGUUGGAUGACAGCAAGAAGAAUCCGAAUGAGAUUUCCUUCAGCACGGUCAACCCCAAUCUCGGUGAUCCGCUAUGGGAUCUCAGAUGUUGA